AAGGCUCUCGUGUUGCUCUCCGUGUCGGGCGAGAUGGAGGCUUCCUCGGCGGCGGCGGCGGCGGCGUCGUGGGGGUUCCGCUGCCUGGGGGCGCGGGCGCUGGAGGCGGGGGGCUCGGCGGUGCCGGGCUCGCUGCUCUUCGGCCUGGGCGUGGCGGGCAACGGGCUGGCCCUGGCCCUGCUCUGGAGGCACCGCCGCGCCGCCCGCCGCCGCCGCCAGUGCGCCCCGCCCGCCCCGCAGCGCCCGCGCGCCUCCGCCUUCUACCUGCUGGCCAGCGCCCUGGUGGCCACCGACCUGCUGGGCAAGUGCCUGCUCAGCCCCAUGGUGCUCGCCGCCUACGCCAAGAACCGCAGCCUCAGCGCGCUCUGGCCCGGGGACCACGGCGGGGAGGCCCCGGGAGGGUCCCCGGGGAGCCUGUGCCAGCUCUUCGCCUUCCUGAUGGCCUUCUUCGGCCUGGCGCCCACCGCGCUCCUCCUGGGCAUGGCGCUGGAGUGCUACCUCUCCCUGGCGCAGCCCUACUUCUACGAGCGGCACACGAGCCGGCGUCGGGGCGCGCUCCUGGCCGGGCUGGCCGGCGCCCUCUGCGCCCUGCUCUGCGCGCUCCCGCUGCUGGGCUUCGGCGCCUGGGCCCAGUACUGCCCGGGCACCUGGUGCUUCGUCCGCCUCCGCGGCGACGGGCGCGCCUUCGCCCUGCUCUACGCCUCGCUCCUCGGCGCCCUCGGACUGGCCCUGGCCGCCGCCAACCUGGGCACCAUGCGCUGCCUCUACCGCAUGGCGCUGCGCCAGCCCCCCCGGCACCCCUGGGCCAGGAAGGGGAGGAGGAGGAGGAAGGCCUUCCCGGGCACCGGGGCCACCGAGGAGCUCGCCCAGCUCGCCCUCCUCGCCCUCAUGACCGCCCUCUUCGCCGUCUGCUCCCUCCCCGUCGUC